AUGUACUUAAACCGCAUUGCCAUAGCUCUCCGCCACUGCGGCCGAAUCCAGGCCUUCAAUCACGGCAAGGCAUUCCACUCCCAGCUGAUCAAACUCGGCAUCAUGGCCGAUGUUUUCCUCUCCAAUAAUCUAAUCUCCUUGUACGCUGAGACACCUCGUUUGAUUAACGAUGCACAGAAGCUGUUCGACGAAAUGCCCCAGAGAAACAUUGUCACUUGGACGACGAUGGUCUCUGCGUAUACGAAGUGUGGGAGAGGCGGUGAGGGUUUAAGGAUGUAUAGGGAUAUGGUAGAGUGGGGUUUGGAGAGGCCUAAUGGGUUUAUGUACUCGGCUGUGUUGAAGGCUUGCGGCGCGGUGGGGAAGGUUGGAUUGGGGAGGGAGGUUCAUAAGAGGGUAUGUGGGGAGGGAUUGGAGUUUGAUACGGUUUUGAUGAAUGCGGUUUUGGAUAUGUACGUGAAAUGUGGGAGGUUGGGUGAGGCCAAGAGGGUGUUUGAUGGGAUGUUGGAGAGGAACUGGAUGUCGUGGAAUGUGAUGAUUUCGGGGUGUUGUAAGGCUGGUUUGAUGGAGGAGGCGGUGGGGCUGUUGCGGCGGAUGAAAGAGCCGAAUGCUGCUUCAUGGAAUAGUAUUAUUGCUGGUUUUGUGAGUAAUGGGAGCCGCCUUGCGUUGGAGUUUGUGAGGUUAAUGCACCGGGAAGGGUUCUUGCUUGAUUGUUAUACUUUUCCGUGUGCUUUGAAGACAUGUGGUUCGUUAGCCUCUGGAGAGCAGAUCCAUUGUAAUGUUGUGAAGACCGGUUUUGAGUCUGAUAGUUUUGCUUUGUCAGCACUGGUUGAUAUGUAUGCGAAUUUCAAUGAGUUAAACGCAGCGGUAAAGCUGUUUGAUCAGUACUCAAGGUGCAGUGGUUCCAUUAAUUUGGCACUUUGGAAUUCCAUGCUUUCUGGUUGUGUCAUUAACAAACAUAAUCGUGCAGCUCUGGACUUGGUUUCAAAAGUCCAUUGCUCAGGUGCACGGAUGGAUUGUUACACUUAUAGUGGUGCUCUAAAGGCCUGUAUUAACUUGCUUAACUUGAGACUUGGUCGUCAAGUGCAUGGUUUGGUUGUCACCGCAGGAUAUGAGUUGGAUUAUGUUGUUGGAAGCAUUCUUACAGACCUGUAUGCAAAAGUGGGAAACAUUAAGGAUGCAUUGGGGUUGUUUCACAGGCUUCCAGUGAAAGACACUGUAGCCUGGUCUGGUUUGAUCAUAGGGUGUGCUAAAAUUGGACUGAGCUGGUUAGCAUUUCAACUGUUUAGGGAUAUGGUGUAUUUGGGUGUAGUAGUAGAUCAUUUUGUCAUUUCAUACGUUCUGAAAGUUUGCUCCAGUUUAACAUCUCUUGGAAGUGGCAAACAGGUUCAUGCUUUCUGUGUUAAGAGUGGAUAUGCAUCUGAGGGGGUUGUAGUGACAUCACUGAUUGACAUGUACUCAAAAUGUGGUGACAUAGACAAUGGGUUGGCUAUGUUUGAUUCUUUGGCAGACAGAGACACUGUGUGUUGGACAGGAAUUAUUGUGGGGUGUGGGCAAAAUGGAAGAGCAGAUGAAGCAAUUAGACUUUUCAAUAUGAUGACAGAAUCAGGGUUGAAGCCGAACGAAGUUACAUAUCUAGGAGUUCUUUCUGCAUGCAGGCAUGCUGGUUUUGUUGAAAAGGCAAGGACCAUUUUUAGUUCUAUGGAAAAAGAGCACGGACUGGAACCUCGUGUACAGCAUUAUUAUUGCAUGAUUGACAUUCUCGGUCAAGCUGGAUGUUUUGAAGAGGCUUUAGAUUUCAUUUCUAAGUUGCCAUUUGAGCCUGACCAGAUCAUAUGGAGAUCAUUGCUUGGAGCCUGUGGAACUCAUAAAAACACUGAACUAGUAAAUAUCGUGGCUGAUCACCUUAUUGCAAGUUCACCUGAAGACCCUUCCACGUAUGUGACACUUUCAAAUGUUUACGCAGAAUUAGGAAUGUGGGUUGAUUUAAGCAAAAUUAGAACAGCUGUCAGGCAAGUGGGUGCAAAAACAGAAGGAAAGAGCUGGAUUGAAAUUUCAGUAUAAUUUCUUCCGAAUUGCUUGGUGCAGAAAAUAGUUCUCCCCCUUCAAUAUGCCACAGCUGCUAUCUCUGCUGAAAUCAAGUCCUUACAUGAGCUUAAGGACUGGAACAUUGUACUGAAUACCUUUCAAAGAUCCGAGAAUUACCUAUGACCCCUUGGUGGAUAAGUCCAGAGUGAUGUGUUUAUAUUAUGGUUCUUCAUAGAGCUAAUUACAUGCUCAGAAAGAUGCUGGUAUCUGCACAGAAGAGGAGGAAGAAGAACAUAUCUGGGAGACUGGGAUGUUUGAAGAACCAAGGAAUGAAGAUAUCAAAUAUUCUCAGUAGAUUAAAACCUGUCCUGUAGACCCAAAACGUGUCCAUAGCAUCUCUUCUGAAGAUUAGCUUCCCAUCAUGUGUAUCAUCUCUGUGGACUGUGGUAUAUUACAAUCAGUAGCAGAGCAAGUUGCCUGCUGUAAGAUCAAGAUAUGGAAGCAACGACUAGUUGUCGUGCUGAGCAAUCAAUGAGAUCCAGUAACUUGGGAAUGAGCCGAAACUCAAAAGAGCCUUGCCAAUCAAGUUUGGUAUUCCCAAGCGAAGGUAGAUGAUGGAUAUACUGAUAUACAGACAU